CCACCACAAACAUAAGCUGCGCAAGAGCUGUGCCCCCGGAGACUUUGCGCACGACUUGGAAAACGGGCUGGCUCAUUCGAGCGAGGUGUCACAUUCCAGAAGCUCGCACUCGCGUCCUGCGCUAAUGAGAUGCCGUCGAGCACCGCGCAAUGCCCAGGGACAAGACAAGAAGACGCAUGAGGCGAGUAGCUAGCUGGCUUGGCUUGCUCCCAAUGCAAUUCCUCUCACCUGCUUUCGCUGACACCCGGCCCGCAACAAGAGAUCCAGACCCCCGGGACGGUCAUUGUCAGUGGGAACACUCUACACAAAGAUCACGUUUGUACAAUUACAAAAGCAGAGCAAACUUCACCCAACCGCACCGAGAUUCCAAAUCCCCAUGACCGUCCCCCCACGGAGGAAAACCACAGAGGUACACAACACCCACACAAGUUUCCCCCCACGAUCAAGGCAACCCGGGCGUGACUGACUCUCCUACCUUACCCGUGCAUGACUAAAUAAUC